GGAGCUUCUCCCUAAACUCGCUGACCUGAAGAGCUGUGCAGCAGAAAUGCCAAUUUGUCUGCUCUCUUUUAAAUACAACUUAAUCUUGACCUCAGAACUCUCAGUUUCUGAUUGAAAAUGGUAUCUGCGGAGUCGAGAGGUCAGGGAGAAUGUAGCCUGAUAGUCUGGACUGCAGGGUUCAGACGCUGGCUUUCGUUCUGAGAAAGCUCAGCUUUUUAAUUUGGACCAGUGGUAGCUGCAUGGUGACCGCUUCACACCAUGUCACGUAACCAGGGCAGCAGCAGGCGGAGUGGAAAGAGUCCUGCCCGAGAGAUGAGAGAUGAGGGUCUUCUCCUGGAUCUUUUGUUGGGCAGGAGUGGGGAAGCAAUUUUUCCACCCAUGACCUCAAGUUUCCUCACUGUAUAGACAUUGGGAAAGACUCAUCACUGGUUCUCAACCCAGGCUCCACACUAGAUUCACCUUCUACACACUUCUUUUCUUUUCCUUUCUUUUUUGAGUCAAGACCAUAGUUGCUCAGAAAGAUCUGGCUGCCUUUAUUUUUUGAAUGGGGGGGUGGUGGUGAGAUCCCAAAACAAGUCGGGCAACCUAAAUAUUGCAUCCUUACUGUCACCCCCAGUUGCACCCUUAAAAAUUGGGAAACAAGCAUAUUGUCUCCUGGCCUUGGCUCUAAGUCACUGCUCAGCCAAGCCUGCCUGUGACACCCCGUAGGGCAGCUUCUUUCUGGUACUUCUUGAAAACUGGGAAGGACCAACUCAGCUCUUCCUGGGAAGUAAGUGCUUCUGUCUCCUACCUUAAUGAAGCUCAGUGGCAGACAUGUCCAGGGGUUAUGCAGACCCACCUGAGGGCAGAGUUGGUUCUGAGUCUUUUCACAGGAACAUUUUUGAACAAUUACAUGGAUGGUGCAGAAGCUGGUCUUCUUGUUGUUCUUCACUGACUUUUAAAUUAAGAUAUACUUUUUAUUGGCUUAUAACAUACAUCCUUUUCUUGAUGUUGCUGCGCAUUUCUGUUUGGAAAAACAAAAUCUAUUUCCCAGUGGCUCAGUUUCCCCACACAGAGGAUAAUUCUUAAAAUUUGUGGCCAAAAGGAUUUUUAUGACUUCUAAAAAAGGAGAAAAACCAAAAGCUGUUUCCUUUCUUGAAGCCAAACUCUUUCAAUCCUUUGAAUAUUAUAAAUGGUUCCAUAGAUAUUAUGCUUCAUUGAUCUGUCAUAUGGGAAACUAGAAUUUAUCAGCUUAAAAACUCAGAUUUUUAUAAAUACUUGCGAUCCUCAUCACUAGUUCUACAGCUCUUCUCAACAACUAGGAUCAAGGGACAGAAGAGAUGCAUGAAGUCCAUGGCUUAACAUUUCCUGGCUUGUUUUCCCAGGUCAUCCUACUCCCAGACCUUCCCUCAGCAUUGGCUCCACUGCUCAGUUUUCUCUUACCAUAUGCUUAAACUUUAGGUCUGGGGAGAGGAUGAUCAGAUGAGGUGGUCACUUUGCUUCUCAGUGAUGAUGACCCCCACCGUAUCCUCCUCGGCUUUGGGUAGAGCCGCUGUACUGUAUGACAGAAUGUGCCAGCAGUAACAUCCACUCUGAGAUCCUCACAGCACUGGGAGCACUUUGGCCAUUCCAGAGAUUCAUUGUCAGGGCAGAACCAAAAAUAGAUGAAUUUUUAAUUGUAGGCCUUAGUCUAUGCAAACUGUGCCAGGAACACAGCAAGGAAGAAUGAACUCAGAGACGACUGAAGUGUAGCCUACAUAUGAAUAUUUAAACAUUUAUGCAUAAAAAGGCACUAUCAACAGAGUAAAAAUGCAACUGAGAUAGUGGGAGAAAAUAUUUACAAGUCAUAUCUGGUGAGGGAUUAACAUCCAUAAUACACAGAGAACUCCUAAAACUUAAUGACAUGAAUACAAACAACCCUAUUUAAAAAUGGACAAAAGACUUGAAUAGACAUUUCCCCAAGGAAGAUAUACAGAUAACUAAUAAGCCUAUGAGAAGUUGCUUAACAACACUAACCAGUAAGGAAAUAUGAGUAGAAACUAAAAUGAGGAGCUACCUCACACCUGUUAGGAUGAGUACCAUCAACAAAACAGAAAAGAAUAAAUGUCAGAGAUAAUGUGGAGAAAUUGGAACACUUGUGUGCUGUUGAUGGGAAUGUAAAAAGAUACGCCACUGUGGAGACACUGAAGAUAAGAGAGGAAGUGGAAGAAUGUGCAUGAAGAAAGGUGAGCUCCUCUGAGAUGCAGGGAAGACCUCAGCAGGUACAGGGGAGGGCUCAGCUCACAGUGGGGCGGGCAGGUUCCUGCAGUGCCCUCGGAGACCCUGACAGGAGGUGCUUCCUAAGUCAGGGAGCUUCCUCUCCUCCUGUGAACACACUCCGCUUCACCUGAAAAUAAAGUCGAGUUGUGGCUGCAGGUCCAGCCAGCCAGUCAGGGUCUUCCCUAGCACGUGCUCACACCUGCCCUUGCUGUGUGGCCACAGGUGAAUUCAGACACGUCCAUUGGUUUUUUCCAGACAGUUUGGUUACUCAGAAAGCAGAUAGUUGGGGAAUGGAGGGGCUGUAGCUCUCCGGGCUAACUGUUGUUUUCUUCUCUCUCUAAAAUCUUCCUGAAGCAGAGGAGUGGGCCAGAAGAGAGGCACUGGAGAAAGAACAGGAGCUUCUACGGCAUUAGUUUAAUGAGCUGUGACAAAAGUUGGAGGACCAAGAGUCUCUGAGUGAUUGAUUAACAGCUAAAAUGACAGAGGAGAUAAGAGAAAGAGAAAAGACCUCAGCAGAAGAUCUGGACGAAAGAGAGGUGCCUAUUUUUUCCGGGAUGGAAAAUGAGCCUCCUGAGCAAACAGUUAAAGAAUUGCAGCAAAUGUUGGAAAACCAAAAAAUAGGCUUCAUGAAAUUUGUAUUCAAAAUAAUAGGAGAUACAAGAGAGAGAGAGAAACUUCUGAGGGAGAUGAAUGAGAAGAUUGAGUGGCUCAAGGCCUCGGUGAUGAUAACAGAUGAACAAGAAGAAUGCUGCAUGAAGGAAGGUGACCUCCUUUGUGAUACAGGGGAGACCUCAGCAGCAGAGUGGGCCAGAAGAGAGGCAGCUGAGAGGGGAAAGGAGCCUCUUGAGCAAAAGGUUAAGUUGCUGCAGCAAAAGCUGGAUAAGGAAGAAAUAGCCUUUGAGGAAUUCAGAGUCAAAAUGACAGAGGAGAUACGAGAGUGUGAUGAUCUUCUGAGAAAGGUGGACCAGAGUAUUAAGGAGCUGGAGGCCUCAGUGAUGAUAACAGAUGAACAAGAAGAAUGCUGCAUGAAGAAAAGUGAGCUCCUUUGUGAUGCAGGGAAGACCUCAGCAGAAGAGUGGACCAGAAGAGUGGCAGCUGAGAAGGUUAUGGAGUGUCUUGAACAAAAGUACACAGAGUUCUGGCAAAAGUUGGAGGACCAAGAAAGAGUCCAUGAAGGACUUAUAGCCAUUAUGACACAGGAGAUAAUAGAAAGAGAAAAGUCCUCAGCAGCAGAAGAGUGGGCCAGAGGAGCAGUUUCUGUGUGUCUCAAGAGAGAAAAGGUGACCCUAGAGCAAAAGGUUAAAGAAUUGCAGCGAAAGUUGCACAAGCAGGAAAGAGCCUUCAAGAGGUUUAGAGCUCAAGUGACAGAGGAGAUAAUAGAAAGAGACAGACUUCGGAAGAAGAUGAAUAAGAGGAUUGAGAAUCUUGAGGCCUUAUUGAUAUUAAUAAAGCGACGAGAGAAAUGCUGCAUAAAGAAAGAUGAGCUCUGUUGUGUUGCAGUAAAGACCUUAGCAGCAGAGUGGGCCAGAAGAGAGGCAGCUGAGAGGGGAAAGGAGGCUCUUGAGGAAAAGAUUAAAGAGCUGCAGCAAAUGUUGGAGGACCAAGAAAGAGUCUCCGAGGGAUUUAGAGCCCAAGUGCCAGAGGAGAUGAAAGAAAGAGAAAAGACCUCGGCAGAAGAUCUGGACAAAAAAGAAGUUGAGAGGGAAAUGGAAUUGCUUAAACAAAAGAUUAAAGAGCUGCAGCAAAUGUUGGAGGACCAAGAAAGAGUCUCCGAGGGAUUUAGAGCCCAAAUACCAGAGGAGAUGAAAGAAAGAGAAAAGACCUCGGCAGAAGAUCUGGACAAAAAAGAAGUUGAGAGGGAAAUGGAAUUGCUUAAACAAAAGAUUAAAGAGCUGCAGCAAAUGUUGGAGGACCAAGAAAGAGUCUCCGAGGGAUUUAGACCCCAAAUACCAGAGGAGAUGAAAGAAAGAGAAAAGACCUCGGCAGAAGAGCCAAACAAAAGAGAAGAAGCUGAGAGGGAAGAGGAGUCUCUUGAGCAAAAUGUUAAAGGGCUGCAGCAGAAGUUGGAGGACCGACAAACAGACGUCAAUGGAUUAAAAGCCCAAGUGACAGAGGGGAUCAGCAAAAGGGAAAAGACCUCAGUAGAUCUCCCUGGCACAGCAGAGUGGGACCUAAGUGAGGCAGCUGAGGGAGAAAAGGUGGAUCUUGAACAAAAAGUUAGAGAACUGCAGCAAAUGUUGGAAGACCAAGAAAGAGCGUUUGAGUUUUACAGAGUCAUAAUUACAGAAGAGAUCCAAGGAAUUGAUGACCUUCUCAGAAAGAUAAGUGAGAGUACUGAAUUGCUCGAGGCCACAAUAAACAACGAAAAUGAUCGGAUAAUGAGCAAAAUGCUGAAAAUGACUGCACGUCCUAGAUAGAAGAAGACAGUGAGGAAGAAAGUACUUCACUGCCUUUUGUUUUGAUCUUGGAUUUGGGAGAAGAGAAACCAUGCGUGGUCACUAAUUACCCAGUUUUUCUCUUGUUUUGAAUUCUGGCAGUUUUACAACUUUUUAUAACAGCUUUUUGAUCUGACCUAUUUUUAUUUGUGUGUACACUUUCUCUUUUUUUAAAUCAAAUUUUUGUAGAGAAAUAGGAAAAUCACCUAAUAUAGGACAUCAGUGCCUGGCAAACAAAUGAUAGAAUUAAUGUGGCUGGAAAGUUGAUUUAGAUGGAAAUGGAAACAACUGAGUAGAAAAGAAAGAGAUGCUCAGAUUCGUGAUAUAUUUUUAAAAAGCCCAAUAUUGGAAUAUACUUACUAAGAAAUGCUGCUGCAAAUCACAUAUGAAUAGUUAUAGAAAUGGGUAUGUACACUGUGUUCUUGAGAGGAAAGAACCAGUUCCGCCUAUAAAAUAACUGUCUCUUAGUUCACGUGUAAAUUUUAUGUGUUCCAAGUUAAAAUUUCACAAAGACUGUUUCUAAAUUUUAAAUGAAGCUGAUCAAAAAAAAAAAAAAAAUUAAAAAGCCAUGACAAUUUGGAAGAGUCACAAUGAAAUGUACAGAAUUACAAUAAUUAGAACAAUGUGUUGCCAAGGCAGAAAUAUAAAAACAGAGCAUAAGAACAUGUUACAGUCUAAAAAUAGAACUGAGAACAUACUUGAUUGAAAGUAUGUGAAGAGUGUUAUUUCAAAUCAGUGGAAAAAUAUAAACCAUACAUCAAGUGUCGUCAGCCAUCUGGACAGCCACGUAGCGUAAAAGGGUGACUAGAGCUCUUAUAAACCUCGCACAGAGUAAAUUCCAGCCUAACCUUAGACUGAAACAUUUAAACAUCUCCAUAAAAAUAAUAAAUGUCAGAUAAUUGUAAAACAAA